GGCAGCAGCCUGCCUGCACUCAGGGUUCACUACACCAUAGACAGGUGUGACUUCAUCUGAAUGAGGACUGAAUGAGAAUUACACAAACCAGCCUGUGUAGUUUAUCCUGAGCUCUGUGAGGUGUCAGCUGCCUAUCAGCCGUCUGUCCACUCCACUUUCAAACCAUUCAGAAGUUUAAAAUCUUUGUUGGCAACUUGAGAGAGCACUGUUCUGUUAGACCUCUUGUAUCUGUGAUGAUACAUUAGGGUAGCGUCUGCAUUGAAAUAGCAGCUAUGGAAAGAAGCAUGAAUUUUGACGAGAUUCUUUCUCAUAUCGGUGGCUUUGGCAAGUUCCAGAAGAUCUUGUAUGUGUGGAUUUGCCUCCCCCAGGUCCUGCUGGCGUUCCACAUGCUGAUAUCGGUCUUCACGGGGGCCGUCCCCCCUCAUCUCUGUCGCUCCAACAACACCACCUGGGCCUUGGCCGCCAGCUCAGACGCAUUCAACUUCAGCCUGGUUACGGGCCCAGACGGUGACCCUGACCUGUCCUGCUCUGCCCCUGGGGGGGUCCCUAGCACCCCGCUAGCCCAGUUGAAUCACAGCACCGCCCUGGCCCUUAGCGAUGACCACGUCACCGGGGUUUGUCAAGGGGGAUGGGAAUUCAGCAAAGAGACCUUCCACAGCACCGUGGCAACCGAGUGGGAUCUGGUGUGUGAUAAUGCCAAUCUGAACAACAUUGGUUCCUCAAUCUACAUGUUUGGUCUUCUGGUCGGCGCCGUGCUGUUUGGUUCCUUAGCUGAUAAGUUUGGACGCAGGAACAUCAUCCUGGUUGGUUUGACUAUCCAGUCAACCUUUGGGGUUGGUGCUGCUUUUGCCCCAAAUUUCUACAUUUAUGUCUUUCUGCGCUUUGUGGUUGGAACAACUAUUUCAGCUGUCAUCAUGAACGCAUUUGUUUUAGGCACAGAGUGGACAGGAUCAAAGCACCGGAUGCUAGCUGGGAUCAUCACAGACUACUUCUUUGGGUUCGGCUACAUCACCCUGGCAGGCCUGGCCUACCUCAUCAGAGACUGGCGUAAGCUCCAACUGGCCAUCUCAGCACCAGGCUUCCUCUUCAUCUUCUACAUCUGGGUCCUACCCAAGUCGGCUCGGUGGCUAAUGGCCAACCAGAGGAACGAGGAGGCCAUGGAUCUGAUCAGGAAAGCUGCUCUGAUGAACGGCAAACCCCUGCAGGAGGACAUAGAGAUACAUCAGGGGUACAACGAUAUGGUGAAGAUGGAGGAGAGGAAAAAGGAAACAGUCAUUGACCUGGUCCGUACGCCAAAAAUGAGGAGGAAUUCAUGUAUCAUGUUUUACCUGUGGUUUGUCAACGUGCUGGUCUACUAUGGCCUGUCCCUGAACAUCUCUGACUUUGGGAUGAACAUCUACCUGACCCAGCUGAUCUUUGGCCUGGUGGAGAUGCCCGCCAGGACCAUCACCCUCUUUACCCUGAACCGCUCCAGGAGGAUAUCCCAGCUAGCCUUCCUCGCUGUGGGAGGCCUGGCCUGCCUGCUAACCAUCUUCAUUCCUGAUGAUCUCUCCAUUAUUAGAACUGUCCUGGCUAUGGUGGGGAAGUUUGGGAUCACUGCCUCCUUAUCCAUCGUCUACGUCUACUCAGCAGAGGUCUUCCCUACUGUCAUAAGGCAGAGUGGAAUUGGUAUGAGCUCCAUGUGUGCCAGGGCAGGGGGAGUCCUGGCUCCCAUCAUCUACCUGCUGAGGGGUGUCAGUAAGAAUGCUCCCAUGGUGCUGUUUGGCCUGUGUACUCUGCUAGGUGCAGCCCUCACCCUGCUGCUGCCUGAGACAGCCCACCAGCCCCUGGCUGACACCAUUGAGGAUGUGGAGGGAUCCAGCAUCAGUGAGGAAUCAGAGGAAGGGAACAUGAAGCCAGCCCUCUAUGAGGAAUGUCCAACAAGGAACCCAGACAUCAUAAUCUGAAGAACCAGGAGUGGGACAUGGCACCAGUCCACUGAUACUUUGAGACCUGUGGUCGUGUCAUCUGGAGAACUUCUAAUACCAUUCCUCCAAGGAACUCAACUGUGCGUUGUAAGAUAGAGUGCUAAGAGUGUUUGAACAAAUUUGUAGCUUGUAAAGCUAUUUCCUAUUUUGUACAUAAGACAUUGAUGUCACUGAACUGACAUUUUAUACAAUUUUAUUUUAUAUUUAAAAAAUAUAUAUUUUGUUUUGAAAAUAUGUACUAUAUAUUGAUGUUUUAUAGUGACUAUCAGUUCACAUUUAGAUUGAUGAUGAAGUACAUUAGUAACAGUUUAUUUAUGCAUCAAAUAUCCAUUUAUCAGAUUCUGUAAAUACUGUCAAGGACACACCAUUGUUUGGUGCCAAUAGCCUUGUGCUCUUUUUAUCCACAUUUCUUUGAUGGUGCAUCCCUCUUCCUGGACUGGAACUCACUCCCAUCCUGUCCCUGUCUGUUAUCUAGUAGGUCUUCCUGAAUGUCUGUCUUGUCUGACUAGGCACCCCUACAGUACUGUUCAUACCUAACAGGUUCACCUUAAGAUGUUAGCUCAGUUUCAGCCAACGAAUGCCGUCAUCAUGCAUUGUGAUUUUGUAUAAAGUGACCACACUGUGAACGAGCAUAGAUGACAACUUAUGCAAACUAUCACACGUAUGCAAGAUGAAUAGCUAAAUAUUUUUUUAUAUUUGAAGAUAGAAUUUUGUUUACUUGAUGGAUUCUGUAUUAGACAUUCCUAACUCUAAAUUUAGAGGUGAAUGUGUUUGAAGUUGAUGUUGGUCUGUGAUCAUGAAGAGUUGUUUUAAAAGUGUGCACUCUCUAGAACAGCAGGCUAUAGGACAACUGCUCCACAUAAUGCUUGUUAGAAAAUCAUGCUGAAAUACUAGCCAUCUGCUGGUGCCCAUGUAACGGAGCCCAUGUAACGGAGCCCAUGUAACGGAGCCCAUGUAACGGAGCCCAUGUAACGGAGCCCGCCCAUGUAACGGAGCCCAUGUAACGGAGCCCAUGUAACGGAGUUAAGAACAUACCGUUCACUCCACAGCAAACUUGAAAUGUCAAGGAUGGGAGCUAUAGAAGAAGAUCGUUUUCGGUGGAACGUUGUCAAGGAGGAUGGUGACGUGUGUUGCGAAGCAGAGGAUCCUUGGUUCAAGCCCAGUAUGGGGCAGUCAGACACUGGAGGAAGCUAAGCUGUUAGAAGCACACGGACCCCCGGGAACAGCCAGUGUCGGCUCAAAGAUGACCCAGUUAAAGGUCUCUAUAGGGUCAGCAGAUGAGCUGUGGUAUCUGUAAUCAGCCCUUACACAAGACAGAGAUGCCCUUAUUCAAGACAAGGAUGCCCUUAUACAAGACAAAGAUGGAUGGACUGAAUCAAAAACAGUUAUGACAGUGUUACUCCAAGUUAGGAAGCCCUCUCUUCAAACAUGAAGUUUACAUUCUACAUUACAUUAUUAACAUUUCAGCUGAAGGCUUUCAUUCUGAGUGCUUACAGUCAGUAUAUAAAGUACAUUAUAAACUGGGUGGUUCGAGCCCUGAAUGCUGAUUGUCUGACAGCCGUGGUAUAUUAGACCUUAUACCAUGGGUAUGACAAAACAUUUUUACUGCUCUAAUUACAUUGGUAAACAGUUUAUACUAGCAAUAAGGUACCUUGGGGGUUUGUGGUAUAUGGCCAAUAUAUCACGACUAAGGGCUGUAUCCAGGCACUCCUCGUUGCAUCGUGCAUAUGAACAGCCCUUAGCUGUGAAAUAUUGGCCAUAUACCACACCCCCCCGUGCCUUAUUGCUGAAUUGAACCGCAGCAGUAACACCAGAGAGACUGAUCCGAGUUUGAGAUCUUUCACAUCGGGUGGAGAAGAAUAGAAGACUGUUGUGAUGACAUGCUCUCUCUGUGGUACUUUGGGUGGAUCUUAUUAUUUUUAUGGCAGUGGAUGAUUUGACAGGCCUCAAUUGUUCCCCUGUCAUUGUAAGGCUUAGGAGAGCAAAGCCGCACAUUCUUCUUUGGGAUGAAACACAGGGUUUGCCUUACAGUCAUGUAACCAAACGACUGUAAUAGGCCUAUAUGUUUAGUAACAGUAGUCAACAGGAGUCCGAUGUGUUGUGUUAGUGAUCACUGCCACUCUCUGGAUGAAAGUGGUACUUGCUUCUUGUCUGACAUCAGCUGCUGUAUAUACGGUAAGUACUGUAAUGGGGCACAAGAAUGAUGACCACAGAGGUUGUGUAACAACAUAUGCAUUUCCUGAUUCUGUAGAAUCAGUACUUUUAUACAAAUGUAUUACAAAUUUACAAAAUCAAAGUAAAAUUGGGAAGUUAUCCAUGAUGUGAUAAAAAUAUAUAUAUAUACUAACACAUUUCAUUUGUACAAUAUAGUUCUGCUUAAACAAUGUUUGCUAUGCUGUGUGUCAUUUCAAAAAGGCCUAUAGUCAAUGUUGAGGGGCAGCACAGGGGCUGAUAAGAUGACAGUGCUAAUAGACUUGUUUUUGGGGAUCAACUGCAGGUUGGUGCUGUCUGACUGACUGAGUAUCUGACACAUAUGGCUGUCAAUGAGUCGCUGCCCAGGGGACAUUAGCAACAACUGCUAUUUCAAUUAGACUACAACAGAGGAUCCCAAGCACAGCUGCAAGUACCCACUGACCAUCCCCCCACCACACUACAGCCAGAGAGAGCUGUUCUACUCUAUUCUGUCUGUGAAAGCUUUGACUAAAUAUUUAACAGUGGCAUUGUCUAUGAUGUGGAAUGUACAUUAGGCUUACUGUCAUUGUACAGCCCAGAUGUGAAAAGAUGCAUUGUAAAAAAUGACAGAGACGCUAGUGCGAAACAAGUGUACAGCUGUAGGCACACAUCUCCUUAGAAUAUCAUGCCUGCACUGACAUUUGUUCUGGUACUAUGCUGAGAAUGUAUCAACAGUGUCCUGGGCUCAUUUUACAUUUUUUAAAGGUACAUUUACAGUGUGGAAUUACAGUGAAGUGGAAUUAUUAGGAGUAUGCACAGCCCUUUUUUCAUUCCACUUGGACUAUGCAAUUACUUGCCAGAGCUCUGUUUCUAGAGUAGAGACCAUAGUGCCUAUUUCAUUGACAUUGGCAUCAAAUUGAAAAACAGACGUUUCAUAAGUGUGACUAUAUUUCCAUAUCUGAUAUCACUGGUAUUUGAAUAAUCCAGAUCUAAUUUCCUGAAUUCUAUGAAGGUAUAAUGAGAGAUAGGGAGCAGUUUGAAUAAUACGAACUGGUAGUUGUUGGCAGCAGAGGGCGCCCCAACGCAAUGAUUAUUAAACCGCAGUGUCAACGCGAGAAAUCA